AUGAGCGCCGCCGACAAGCCCUCCUCGGGCGUCGACACGAGCGUCGACGCCGCCGUUCCGCCCUCGCUGCCUCCGCCGUCGAACCAAAAGGCGCCCAUCACGGCGGUGCCCGCGGCCGCGCCGUCUCGCGCCGAUGCCCUGCUCGCCCACCUCUUCCGGUGCAUGCAGACGCGGUCGGGCGCCGAGACGGUCCUCCUCUUCGCCUGCUACGCCUCCCGGCUGACGGGCUCCGUGCUCGAGGCCGCCGGCGGCGCCGCCAUCAGACAGUCGGCGCGGCGCCUCGUCGCCCUGGCCUUCAAGCUGCCGCCCGCGACGACCGUCGUCAUGUCCUCGACCGCGCCGCGGCCCUCGCUCGCGGCCCUCGCCCUCCAGCUCGGCGGCCGCUUCAAGGCCCUCGCCGCCAUGAUUAGCGAAACCCGCACCAUGGGCCGCCUCUGGGGCCUGCUGGGGCUCUACUUUGCCGCCAAGAGGCUGGUGCUGAAGUCGUGCGCCGCCAGCAGCAGCAGCAACGAGAAAAACAAGCUCGACGCCUCGUCGGCCGAGGACGCGUCCGAGGCCCUCUUCGACACGCUCGUCGCCUACGCCCAGAUCGCCUCGCUCAUCGUCUACCAGGCGUCCGAGAACGUGGCCUUCCUGUCGAGCAAGAAGGUGCUGCCGUUUGCGCCCGCCACCCAGGGCCGCCUGGGUCUGCUGAGCGUCCGCGCCUGGGGGCUGUACGUCGCCAUGGAGGGCGCCCGCUUGCUGGUCGAGCGAGGCCGCAGGACGGUCAGGGACGCCGAGUGGGCGGCCGCCUGGGACAAGAGCUUCUACAGAAACCUAGCCUGGGCGCCGCUGACGGUUCACUGGGGCUCGACGACGGGCGGCUUCCUGCCGGACAUGGCGGUUUCGCUGCUGGCCUUUUACCCGGCUUCGGGUGCCAUGGUGGACUUGUGGCGGUCGGCGGCGUAG